AUGCAUGCCACCCUAGUUUCUCCCACCAUCACCUUCUCUUGGUUCCUGUCCUUCACCUGCUACACGGCCACCUCCAGAUCCCCCUCACUCCCUCCUCAGUUAGACUCUGUUACGGCGCAAGAACGCACCUUCUGGGAGAGGGGUGUUUCAUUGGAGACGAUCAGAGAUGAUCGAUUCUCUUUCAGUGAUGAAGCAUCUACUGGACUCUUUACUGUGAACAUCACUGAUCUGAGAGAAGAGGAUUCUGGGAUAUACUGGUGUGGAGCUCACGUCAUCACUAAAGUCAUUCUAGAAGUCAACAAAAGUGUUUCUGGAAGAAUCACGAUCUCUUGCAUUUGUGUGACUCUGCUGCUGAUGGGAGCGUCUGUCCUGUUAUUAUACAAAUUAGGAUACAUCAAGACACGAGAUCAGCACGCUUCCCCAGGCAGGACGGAGAUGAGCGAUGGAGAGGCCUCUCAUGCAGCAUGUGACUAUGAGAAUAUCAGAGAUGCCAGACUGCGCUCAGUCCCGGGAACUGAGGAAACGGUGUUAUAUUCCACUGUCACGCAUCCCACAGACUCGUCUGAUCCACACGACACGCUGUAUUCUACAGUACAGUUACCCACAAGCCCCUCUGAUGGGCUCCUGUACGCUUCGGUCCAUUUCCAGAAGCAUGAAGAGUCUCUCAGUGAUGCUAACGUAACCUUCAAUAAUGAGGAGAUUUACUGUGAUUACUCCACGGUCAUUCCCCACACGUCACUCAAGUAG